CCUGCCCCUUUGCCUCUCCGCACCGGGUUUCUCUCAACAACAAAAAUCCCCCCCGCAACCGCCGCCCCAGGCCCCAGCGCACGGCACGCCCGCCCCGUCCCAGGCGGCCGCUGAGAUGGCGCAGGACCUGGAGAUGGCGGCGCGCAACGGCUCCGGCUCCGGCGCCGGCGCCGACGGAGCGCACUACUACCCUCAGCAGCCGCGGGACGGCGGCGCCGGCGGCCAGGAGCUCGACGACGACGGCAGGAAGAAGCGCACCGGAACGGUAUGGACGGCGAGCGCGCACAUCAUCACAGCCGUCAUCGGCUCCGGUGUGCUCUCCCUCGCCUGGUCAACUGCACAGCUGGGCUGGGUCGUGGGGCCGCUCACCCUGAUGAUCUUUGCCCUCAUCACGUACUACACCUCUAGCCUUCUCAGUGACUGCUACCGCAGCGGCGAUCAGCUCACUGGCAAGAGGAACUACACCUACAUGGACGCUGUCGCCGCAUACCUGGGUCGAUGGCAAGUCUUGUCCUGUGGUGUUUUCCAGUAUGUUAACUUGGUUGGAACUGCCGUUGGGUAUACAAUUACAGCGUCCAUCAGUGCAGCGGCCGUGCACAAGGCUAACUGCUUCCACAAAAAGGGACACGACGCCGAUUGCAGCACCUAUGACACCAUGUACAUGGUUGUAUUUGGGAUCGUUCAGAUCUUCUUCUCUCAGCUCCCUAACUUCAGUGACCUUUCGUGGCUGUCCAUCGUCGCCGCCAUCAUGUCAUUCUCUUACUCGACCAUCGCUGUCGGCCUCUCAUUGGCGCGGACCAUUUCAGGCCGUACUGGUAAAUCAACUUUGACUGGCACUGAGAUCGGAGUCGACGUUGAUUCAGCCCAGAAGGUCUGGCUGGCGCUUCAAGCUCUCGGCAACAUUGCAUUCGCUUAUUCCUACUCCAUGAUUCUCAUUGAAAUCCAAGACACGGUGAAGUCUCCUCCCGCCGAGAACAAGACGAUGAAGAAGGCGACCCUGAUGGGCGUGACGACCACCACGGCGUUCUACAUGCUUGCUGGCUGCCUUGGGUACUCGGCGUUCGGGAACGCGGCGCCAGGGAACAUCCUGACCGGGUUCGGCUUCUACGAACCUUACUGGCUGAUCGACUUUGCCAACGUCUGCAUCGUGGUGCACCUGGUGGGCGCGUACCAGGUCUUCUCGCAGCCCAUCUUUGCGGCCUUGGAGACGGCCGCCGCCAAGCGCUGGCCGAACGCCAAGUUCGUCACGCGCGAGCACCCCCUCGUGGCCGGCAGGUUCAACGUCAACAUGCUCAGGCUGACGUGGAGGACGGCGUUCGUGGUGGUGAGCACGGUGCUCGCCAUCGUGAUGCCCUUCUUCAACGACAUCCUGGGCUUCCUCGGCGCCAUCGGGUUCUGGCCGCUCACCGUGUACUACCCAGUGGAGAUGUACAUCCGGCAGCGGCGGAUACAGAAGUACACCACCAGGUGGGUGGCGCUGCAGCUGCUCAGCUUCCUGUGCUUCCUGGUGUCGCUCGCCUCGGCGGUCGCGUCCAUUGAGGGAGUCACCGAAUCGCUCAAACACUAUGUUCCCUUCAAGACCAAGUCAUGAUGACUGAUGACUGAGCUUCUGCGUGUACAAUGCAAUGGCCUACCACACACCUUGCAAUGCUCACUCAGGGUCAGAUGUUUAACAGUCGCCUUUGUUGUGCCAUAGCUCAGGGUAGGAGAGGUUCAGUCAUUAUGGAUGGAUGCAUAAUGUUAUCUCCGGUUGUGUAGAGAGGUUUCGAUGGCGUCUUGGAUAUGUUGUAAAGUGUGCAGAAGCUUGAGCUGAUGAUGUAGGAAUCGAAUUGUUACAAGCUUUUGCUCAAAUUAAAAUGAAUUAAAAGGUAAUGCAGCCAACGCAAACCGAAUUACAGUGUUGGUUUCUCCGUCUUU